ACCGGUCGCCUCAUCCAACACAUCACGUCCAAAAAAAUCCAUCUUCGGAGGGCAAGGAUGCAGCGCUCAAACACCAGACGCGGACAGAGUGCCGAAGAAGUGAGAAGAAGAAGCGAGAAGAAGAAGAAGAAGAAGAAGAAGAAGAAGAAGAAGAAGAAGAAUUCACAGACCUGGAGGAUCAAAGAUCCCCAGGGACCACCCACCACCCUGGCGAACCUGGCCAGGGAUCCGAAGAAGAAGAAGAAGAAGAAGAAGAAGAAGAAGAAGAAGAAGAAGAAGAAGGAGGAGGAGGAGGAGGAGGAGGAGGAGGAGGAGGAGGAGAAGAAGAAGAAGAAGAAGAAGAAGAAGAAGAACCCAGCCCAUGUGGCGGAAUGGUACACCCAUGAGGUUGAGCCUGCUACAAGUGAAGAUAAUUACGAUGACGAGGACUGGGAGGAAUGUGAGGACGACAUGGGAGAAAAUGCUGGACCAUGUGGCAAUGUUAGUGAACCAGCAGCAAGCGAUCUGGUUCAAAGUGUGCUUCACGUGGAUCGAGGGACUGGAUCUGGGACACAGGAGAAGAAAAACCAAUCUAUUUUUCAGGGAAAGCUAGGAGAAUUCGAAUCCAAUCUGGCUCUGGCUGUGGACCGAAAGGAAGCGCCACAGUCUGACCAUUCACAGGCCAGUCUCGGGAAAGCAGCGAUGAUCGCAGAAGGGCCUCCCGAUAUCGGCUAUUUUCUUCAGCGGUUGGAGAGCUUGCGAACUUUUGUCAGUAUCUAUCCUUUACCGUUUCCACCAGCUGAUAGGAAACCACUCAAGCUUCAAGGGGACAUCUCUUCGGAUAUGGUGAGGCGGAUUUGGGACGCAAGAGAUGCAUUCGAAAGGUUUGUCAAGGAGAAGGCUGAGGCACUUUUUACCAGAAAGAGGUCCUUGCAGCUCCCAAGAUUUGGAACUGGGAAUCAUGUGUCUCUGCUGCAGCGAGUUGCGGAUUCAUUGGCCGACGACAUUCUUGAGGAGUGUGCCACAGAGUUUGUGUCACUGUGUGAUGAUCUUGCAGAGAAGAUAUUCGAAAGCGAAUUCAUUGUUCCCGAGUCUGAUAUCCUGUAGUAGGCCAGCUGGCAUCCCCCGUCACCCGAUUCUCCUACUUUAUGGCUGCAAGGUCCCAGCUCCAUCCUCCAAAUCACCCGUGUUGUCACUAAUUUCCAGGUUUACAUUUACGUCGUCCGGUCAUUAUUGGGCCCAUUAAAGCACCAAAAACUGGGAGGGCCUCCUUUUUCCUGAAGUACAGACUACAUUUAGCUAUCAAUGGAACCAAAGCUUCCCCUGCUGGACUGCAAGAAACUACGGUACCCGGUCCCACUCUGCGUGGCGGGUGAAUUCCAAAGGUAGUGGUGUUUCAAUGUAUUCCCAAUUUACCAUGGUCCAUGGUCCAGUGAAUGGAUCAGAACUAUCGAUCUAGGAACAAAACUAUCGCUCAACU